AUGGAAGUCACAAGAUCGAAUUUAUCCAAAAUCCUGCCUAAUUUAACCACGAUUUUCCGAAAUGCAGAUUUUCUUUCUUUUGAUAUGGAAUUCACAGGUUUGCCUCAAGAUUUCUCAUAUGAUAAAUAUUCAAAUCUAUCACAAUACUUGAUGUUAAGAGACAGCAUUCUUAAAUAUUUUCCAUUUCGUGCAGGGAUCUGUGCAUUCUCUAUAACCCCUGAGUCUAUCAAGGUAUAUCCUUACACAUUUUAUCUAUUCCCGUCGACAUCUCACCCCCUUGAUCGUUCCUACUCAAUUUCUAACGAUAUGAAAUUCGCCGCAAAAUCAGGCCUCGAUUUCAAUAAACUUUUCAAAGAAGGAAUUGGCUUUAAAUCAAGGGUCGAUAUUAUAGAAAAAACUAAUAAAAAUUAUAAAGAAAUUUCUCAUGAUAUGAGAGCUUUUCAUGCUUUGUGUAGAGAUAAAGUCUUGCUUUGGGAUGAUGAAGAUGAUGAAAUUUUAUUAGAUGCCAAAUAUAUGAGAUUUCAUGUAAUUGAUUACACAAUUCAAGAACUGGAAAAAGAGUUUGGGGUUACUGGAGAAAUCAAGAGGGAAAAUGAAAUACCUGUAGGAAUUUUGUUAAGAAGAGGCAAGAGGGAGCAAAAAAUAGUAAACAUUGAUGGAUUUUCACAAGUUAUUGAUUUAAUGCUAGGCAAACCACUUGUUGGGUACAACAUGUAUUUUGACCUUUUGCAUUUAUAUGAUAAAUUUAUCAAUCCACUUCCUAUAAACUUUAAUGAGUUUGCUUUCAAUUUGCAAGAAAAAUUCCCUGACCUGCUUGAUACAAAAUCAAUUAUUCAAACAUCAGCAGCAGUAAACCAAUAUGUAACUAAUAAUUAGUUUGGCAAUGCAAGGCUAUCACAAGGUUUACAUGAUUGCUGAGAUAUUUUGCAAAAAGAUAAAGAAUAUCAAUCAUCUUUAAAAUUUGAAAUUGAGCCUCCUUUUGAUGGAAAGGUUCAGCAUAGUGCAGGAUUUGACGCUUUUAUAUCAGGCUCUAUCCUCUUAAAAUCAAUGAAAAUAAUGAAUCUUCCCCUGAAUAAAAUUUUUGAGAAAUCAAAAAAUAAAUUCUUUUUCUCAGUAAACAAAAAAUGUGUGGAUUUAGAAAAGCAGAAAAAAGAAGAAAUUUUUCUAUUGAAGCUUGAAAGCGAGAUUGAGCAAAAAGAGUUAAAAGAGCAUUUGGAAAAGAUUUAUGGGACAAUUUUUUUGCUGGAAGCUAAAGAAAUGCCUUUAACUUAUUUUGUGAUCCCCAAAACACAAAAAGCAAAAAAACAAAUUGAGAAUAUGUUGAAGCAUAAGACACCUUCUCUGCAGAUUUCGAAAACAGAAGGGAAGUUUUCAGUAUAUCAAAAAGAUCAAAAAAUCGAAAAAUGCCAAAUUGAGUUAUGCUUAAAUUAA